UAUUCAUUUCAUGAAAAGUUGUGUCAUGUGAAACGUCUUAUAACAUAAAAAACGUAGAUUUUUCAUUGUGCGUGUGUGAUCUAAAAAUGUUUAAAUUCUUUGCUGCUUUUGCAAUUCCAUCCUUAAUUUCUUGUUUCGCGGUGCCAAAUGACCCUUUACAUUUAAACAUACUACCACCUCCAAACUUUAAUUACCAAUCAGGAGAUUCACUGGCUAUUAAUGUGACAUUCAAGAAUGUACCAAACGGUCGGUACCCUGGCUUUAAAGUCAUACAUGGAAGUGCAGAAAAAGAAUUUGUGAAACGCGGAGACACAACAUUUCAAUUCAACGAAAAAUUGACUUCUCAAAGUGUAUCUCUCGACUUGGAUCUGGCUGAAGGCAACCCGGUCUAUACACUAUACAAAGGAAAAAUUCAGCCACAAGACUAUGCUGUAUGUGGCGUAUCAUCUUUAGAAUUGAACUUUGAUAUAGAUUUUUCAAAUACAUAUACUGGUCAGGUUGUCAAUGUAGAAAGAAAAAUAACAGAGAAAUGUGUUGUUGCAAAAUAUGGCUUCACUAUAAGUAAUGGUGGAUUUAUUAGAAUCAGAAGUAUUCUAGACAUUUCUGAAGAUGGUGGAGAGUAUCAAGAGAAAACAUAUCCUGAUGGGGCCAAACGUAUUCAAAACACUACUAAAGAUGGUAAUAACUAUCAAGAGAACACAUAUGCAGAUGGUUCCAGACGUAUUGUAAACACUUUAAAAGAUGGCAGCGAAUACAAAGAAAGUACUUAUUCCGAUGGGACCAAACGUAUUGAAAACACUACUAAAGAUGAAAAAUAUCAGGACAAUACAUAUUCAGAUGGAACCAGACGUAUCGCACACACUUUCAAAGAUGGUAGCAAAUAUAUAGAAAAAACUUAUUCAGAUAAGAGCAGACAUAUUGAAAACACUGAUAAAGAGGGUAACAAGUAUCAAGAAGAUAUUUAUUCAGAUGGGACCAAACGUAUUGUAAACACUUUUGUAGAUGGUAGCGAACAUAGAGAAACAACUUAUUCAGAUGGGACCAGACGUAUUGCAAAUACUACUACAGAUGGCAACACCCAUACAGAGACUAUUCGUCCAGAUGGCAACAGAAGGAAUUGGAAAAGAUCAUCAGAUGUAAUUUAUGGAACGAGUUCUUCAAAAACGGACCCAAAUGACGAUGGUCAGGUGUUUAAUGAAGAAAGUAAUAUUACAGAGAAAUGUGUUAUUGCAAAAAAUGGCUCCACUAAAAGUAAUAGUGGGUGUAUUAGAAUUAGAAGUAGUUUAGAUAAUACUGAAGAUGGUGGAGAGUAUCAAGAGAAAACUUAUCCAGAUGGGACCAAAUGUAUUGUUAACAUUACUAAAGAUGGUAAUAGUUAUCAAGAGAAUACAUAUGCAGAUGGUUCCAGACGUAUUUUAAACACUUUAAAAGAUGGCAGCGAAUACAAAGAAAGUACUUAUUCAGAUGGGACCAAACGUAUAAGAAACACUACCAAAGAUGAAAAGUAUGAAGAGAAUAUAUAUCCAGAUGGGACCAAGCGUAUUGUACACACUUUAAAAGAUGGCAGCGAAUACAAAGAAAGUAGUUAUUCAGAUGGGACCAAACGUAUCAGAAACACUACCAAAGAUGAAAAAUAUGAAGAGAAUACAUAUCCAGAUGGGACCAAGCGUAUUGUACACACUUUAAAAGAUGGUAGCAAAUAUGUAGAAACAACUUAUUCAGAUGGUACCAGACGUAUUGCAAAUACUCCUACAGAUAGCAACACCCAUACAGAGACUAUUCGUCCAGAUGGUAACAGAAGGAAUUGGAAAAGAUCAUCAGAUGUAAUUUAUGGAACCAGUUCUUCUUCAAAAACGGACCCAAAUGACGAUGGAGCAGUUUUAGUAUCUAUGGAAUCUUCUGGAAAUCGCGUCAGUGCCUACUCUUCUGCUGACAUGUUGUUGGUGCUAUCAGCCGUAUUAAGUGUAUUACAUAAACUAUUCCAUUAAGAUUCGUAUUCUGUUGCUUUAAAUCUUUAUUUGAAGUCCGUGUUAUUAAGUUAAAAUAGCUCACACGCAUUUACCUACAAGAUUUUUUGACAGUGAAUUUUUAAAUGAUAUAUUUAUUUUAUUCAAUUCUUAUGAUGUUUUUAAUUUUGUUUUAUAACAAAAAUAUUCUGAUCAUAAUUAUCUGCAAAUAUUUUUCUUUUUGUUGUAAUAAUUCAUUGCGGUAGGUUCAAAGAUUUUUGUAUUACCUUA